CUUGGAGUGUAUUAUAUCUAUUAUUCGUACCUCCCACCUUUUUUCAAACCAGCAGCAAGGGCCCAGUAAGUACCUGACGAACUUCGAGUCUUUUUAGAGUGCAGUCGCACCAUGGACACCACUGGGCAUGGUUAUGAAUCUCCACCGUCGGUCAUGAGGAUCAAAGCCUGCGCUUCUCAAGAGAAAAAUUCUGGAAAUUCUAUCAUCACACCAGAAAGGACAGUGAACACUAUUCCUAAAAAAAAACAAACUGCUCUCAAAUGGAGCGGCUGGGGCUACAACGACACCAUCGUGGUUUGUGAAUCAAACGGAAACCUUUACAUGACAAGUGACAGGUAUCCGCACAUGAAAAAUAAACAUGUGAACCAAUCAGUGCGUUUGUGGUUGAGGGACAAGCUCAACAUGGACUUGUAUGAUGAAUCGAAGAUGGUUCGCUCACCAGUGACACCACAGAUGGAAAUCAGCAAACCCAUAGUUAAUGAGGAUUUCAUGAAAGGGUUGCAAAGCCACAACAUUUCAUACUCAAUGGAGAGCGACGAUCGCUUGUUCCGCGGACAUGGACACACGCUCGACGACAUCAUUCAUCUACGCACGGGCAAAAUCGAGAGAGUCCCCGACGUCGUUGUAUGGCCAGGCUGUCACGAUGACGUAGUGAAAAUCGUGAAUUUGGCCACUGAGCACAAUGUUGUGAUUAUUCCGUUCGGAGGAGGGACCAAUGUGACCCUUGCCCUCACCUGCGACCCGGAGGAAAAGAGGAUGAUCGUGUCGCUGGAUACUUCGCAGAUGAGUCGUGUUUUGUGGGUGGACAAAGCGAACAUGACAGCUUGCUGUGAGUCAGGAAUCAUCGGGCAGGACUUGGAGAGGGAAUUGAGCAAGCAUGGAGUGAUGAGCGGACACGAACCAGACUCACAAGAGUUUUCAAGCCUGGGCGGGUGGGUGUCAACGCGAGCAUCAGGCAUGAAGAAAAACCAGUACGGAAACAUCGAAGAUCUGGUGGUGCACAUCCGAUUCGUGACCCCGUCUGGAGUGAUGGAAAAGCAGAGUUUAGGCCCCAGAAUAUCCAGUGGGCCUGACUUCAAUCACAUCAUACUCGGCUCUGAAGGCACUCUGGGAGUUAUUACUGAAGUAAUAAUAAAAGUGAGGCCGGUGCCUGAAGUACGGGAUUUUGCUUCAUAUGUGUUUCCGGAGUUCCAAUACGGAGUUGAUUUCAUGCGAGAGGUUGCUCUCAAGCGCGCUCAACCAGCUUCUCUUAGGCUAAUCGACAAUGAGCAGUACCGAAUGGGGCAAAUUUACAAAGACAGCUUAGGCAUCUUUGGUUCCAUUCUAGACUCCAUCAAAAUGUUCUAUCUGCACUCAAUAGCUGGAUAUGCAGAGGACAAGCUCUGCGUGGUGAUAGCUGUUUUCGAAGGAGACAAAAUGGACGUCCACUUACAAAAGACGAGAAUUAAGAAGAUGACUGAGAAAUACAGGGGCCUUGACGCAGGCAAUGAGAAUGGAAAAAGAGGCUACACACUUACGUUCUCCAUUGCCUACAUCAGAGACGCGUGCAUAGAUUAUGGUGUGCUCGCGGAGUCCUUUGAAACGUCAGUACCGUGGGACAGGUGUGCUAAUUUGUGCCGCAGUGUGAAAAAUACCAUCUCCAGGGAAUGCAAAGCCCGGGGGAUCACGCACCACGAGACGUCGUGCCGCGUUACGCAAGUCUACGAUGCCGGAGCCUGCGUCUACUUUUAUUUUGCCUUCCACCGCGGAAUCAUGGAUUUCCACAAGGCCCUCAAAGUAUAUGACGAGAUUGAGGAGGUGGCCAGAGACGAGGUGAUCGCAUGCGGCGGCAACAUUUCGCAUCACCACGGCAUCGGCAAGAAGCGCCAAAAGUGGCUGCCGAAGCAGGUGUCGCCGCUUGGAGUCAAUCUCUACCGCGCCGUCAAGCAGCACAUCGACCCGAAAAACAUUUUCGCGAGUGGUAAUCUUGUCGACAUGAAAUCAAGUCUCUAAUUUCGUUUUGUUUGUUUGUUGAAAUGUGAUAGCUUUUCGUUUCAUUUUCUACCUGUUUAGAGUGCUUUAAUUUAACCAUGAUCACUUUUCUUCAAAUUAGGGAUUAUUACUUAUUAGAAUUGAAUUUGCCUUGUUCAUGUUACAUUACAGGUAUGUAAAACACCGCUGUUUAAAAUAAUGCUCAUAAAUUUUUUCCAAAUAUAUUUUAUGCAGAGGCUUCCAGCGGUGUAAAAAUAAAAUAUUAUAUUUUGCUCAAGUUUUUAUUAAAAAAUCUGGUUUUAAUUUUUUGACUCUGCAAUCAAAUCAUGCGAUAGCUAAUUAAUCAAUAGGCAAUAGUUACGUAUUGAUUUGUUGUUUUAAAUAAUGCUUAACUGUAAAACUAUAAAUAUUAGUAAAAAUUGGUCUAGCUCUUCAAAAUAACAUUAUGACACAGUUAUUGUUAUUUAAUGUUGACUUUUUUGCAAUUUUUCUGAUUUUCUAUACAAUUGUAUGACCUUAAACUCAUUUUCUUAAAAGCAUUUGUUUGGCUAAAUAAAUAGUUAAAUUAAAAUGUUAAAAUAUAGUUUUGAUAACUAACGAUCAUUCAUAAUUUGCAGUUUAAGGUAGUGCUUACCAUGUAGACUGAUUUCACAAAAAAACAUUUUUCAGGAUAUUAUAUAUCUGACAGCAGUUCUGUUGGAGUCUACAACUGAACUCGGUGCAGGAAAAAAUAUUUUGCACUGAAAAACAAACUUGAAUCAAAAUUAUAUAAUGUCUGAUUUCUAAAAUUAUGAAUUUGUAUGUAUUACAAUUUUUUAUGACAAACACUACAGGAGUGUAUUUUAUUUUCUUUAAAAAAUACUUUUACAUACAAUUUAAAACCAAAAUAUAUUUAAUUUAUUCCAAA